CGCCUCCCACAAUGAGAACAUACAUGCAACAGCAACACGCAACAUACUUUCCCUUGGUCAUUUAUGUUUGGAAAUAGAAAAGCGGUCCAUUAACUGACCAAAAAUAUUUAGGACGUUUCUGCUUUAUUCAAGAAAGUUGACCAGGAAGCCGUUUUGUUGGGUUCGACUUCUUCCGCCUCCGGUGACAUGUGUUCUGACUCAAACUCAAUUGCCAUGGCAAUUGUUGCAAAGUUUUGACAGUCUGGAGAGACUCUAAUUCCGAGAGUGAUGUCGUCUGUUGCAGUAGCCGCAGUAUUUACACUCUGUUGUUUCCUGUGUUUCAGACUCACUGCCAGCAAACCAAAAUUUACAAAGGAGCCUCCUAUUACUGUGUCUGCAAGUUUGGGAUCCAGUGCCAUAUUUUCGUGGGAUUUCAGUUUUGGAACGUCGCUUAAGUUUGAAAGAAUCAUUUGGGGAGAAACGGAUACAAACCGCAACCAGAUUCGGAAUAAAUACAUCACCAUUUUUAAAGACCGGAGAGAAGCUUUCAACUCAGACCUCGAUGACUCAUUGACAUCCAGAUUGAGCUGGGCGGGAAAUAUCAGUAAACAUGGCUGUCAGGUUGAGUUCAUCUUAAAGAAUGUCACCAAAUUAGAUGAAACUGCCACUUACGGUUGUGUAGCGUAUGUGGACGGGUUAGUUUACAGGAGUGGUCCUAUAAAACUGGCCGUUCUCAUUCCACCGACCAUAACCGAUCGAUCCAAUAAGACUAUUGAUGUUGAAGAAGGAGUUAACGUCACACUACAUUGUGACGCAAUAGGUGACCCUACCCCAGGUGUCCUAUGGGUCAAAGAUGAUAAAACGCUACAAAACGGCACCUCAACGUCUACGCUUCAAAUUCCAAGAAUAGAAUUGCGAGAUGCUGGAACUUAUGUCUGCACAGCAGCGAACCAAGCUGGCUCCGCGUGGUACAUCAUUCAAGUGAGGGUCGUACGAUAUAAACCCUAUAUUAACAAGACAGCAACUACAGAUCCUCUCAUAAAAUCCUGGAUUAACCACACGACAACCUUAACGUGUGCAGUGGAUGCUAAUCCGUCUGCAAAUUUUACCUGGUUAAAACAUGGUCAACCAGUUUUAGCCGGGGUUCGCUUCAUGCAUGGCAUGAGUACACUGAUGCUGAUUCCAAAGACUAUGGGUGACUUUGGUUUGUACUCGUGUAAAGCUGAAAACGAGAAAGGGUCAAUGGUAUAUAAUAUUACAGUGGAGCGCCUCUAUAAACCCUAUAUUAACAAGACAGCAACUACAGAUCCUCUCAUAAAAUCCUGGAUUAACCACACGACAACCUUAACGUGUGCAGUAGAUGCUAAUCCGUCUGCAAAUUUUACCUGGUUAAAACAUGGUCAACCACUGUUAGCCGGGGUUAACUUAAUGCGUGGCAUGAGUACACUGACGCUGAUUCCAAAGACUAUGGGUGACUUUGGUUUGUACUCGUGUAAAGCUGAAAACGAGAAAGGGUCAAUGGUGUAUAAUAUUACAGUGGAGCGCCUCUACUCACCAGGGCCGCCUGUUAUAAACAAAUUUACCUCAGAUGUGCAGUCCGUCAAUGUGUCAUGGGAUGCGCCACAAGACGACACUGAUGGUGGUAUAUUUGAUUACAAAAUUACAAUACUUGAGGAAAACUACCGAAUGAUACAGCAGUAUCAUGGAAUCAAACAAACGUUCUUCAACUCUCAAAAUCUGAAACAAAACAGAUCUUAUAUCGUUUUCUUACAAGCAAGAAAUAUUGUAGGUUAUGGAGAGUCCGCAAAUGGCACUGUUAGAACGCUUAAGGCAGAAGAAAGCACGACGACAGAGUCCAGUGCUGCCGUCACUUUACGGCACACUACGUACUUCCCUUCAGAAGGAUCUAGCACCAAGAGAAAAAGCAAAAAGGAUACGUUUACUUACCUUCUUCUUCUGUGGAUUAUCUUGCCGGCAUUCACAGUGCCUAUAAUUUUUUUCCUGUCCUGGAAAGCAUCUAAAAAGAUCACUCGCUGCCGCGGUCUGAAAGUGACAGAUUUUGACGGAGAUUGUGAGCAAGGCAAUGCAUUCUCGCUGAGUAAAAUGGAAAAACUGAAGGAAAGAAGGAUUUCCAAACAUGACGAGACUUUAAUGGAAGAUUCAGAAGAGCAUCACAAUCAUGGUCACUGCAUGGAGGACGAAAGUGUCAUAGACAAUGGGAACCCUGUGACAGAUCACCAACAGAUCCCAGGAAGCAUUGUGACGUGUGAUCAGACCUACGAGAAACCAGACAGUCCUGGUUCAAAACAGGACUCCAUCGAUCUGACGAAAGAUGAUGCAAAACCCUUUGAGAGCUUCCAAAUGGCGCUUAAAUGAAGACAAAGGCUAAUCCAGGCUCUUCGGAUGAUGAUCUGAUGCAGCAAUGAAACGUGCUCUGGAUGAAAUUCCAGUAUUCCUUGUCGACUUUUCUUAAACAGUAUAUUUUACUUCAAGUCAGCACCAAUCUUUUCAUAACCAACAUUAAUUACAACUUAGUACAAUUUACUAAACAUAACAUGGAGGAAAUUUAUUGGUUGUUUUUUGACGUAAAGAAAACAAAUUAGUGGUAAAUAGUUGUGAAACUGCAAAAUUAGACGACGUUUUAGUUCUUGAACUUGAGCAUUGUAACAUACUCCUUCGAGGGCAAUCUGAUUAGCUUUGAGCCGUGUGAUUCACUCAGGAAUCACACUAGCUUUUUUUUCUUUUUUUCGUUGUGAAUUAGAUUGGAAAACUAGAAAGUUGAAAAAAUCAGAUUUGUAGGUUUUUCAAAGUUAAACACUAAAAUUGUAGGGAAAUUAACACCGGGACUUGACUUGUGAUUUCAAAU